CACCUCUCUCUCUCUCUCUCUCUCUCUCUCUCUCUCUCUCUCUCACAUGUAUCCAGCAUAGAGUGUUGAAAACAUCCCUAUCCAUCAUCGUCAUUCUUGCUGCAAACUUCUCAGAAUUCAGUACUUCAUUUUCUUCCACUACUAAAAGAUCACCAUAUAUAUAUAUAUAUAUAUAUAGAGAGAGAGAGAGAGAGAGUGUGUAUAUAUAUAUAUAUAGAGGAAUGGAGUGGGGAAAAAUAUUAUUAAUUGCUGUGGUAAUUGUGUGUUUAUCAUCAUCAUCAGCAAGAGCAAGAAGCAAUGCAUUUGCAGAGGAAGAGAUAGCGGCGCUGCCGGGGCAGCCGGCGGUGGAAUUCUCGCAAUAUUCCGGCUACGUCACCGUCGACGAGGAAGAGGGCCGCGCCCUCUUCUACUGGCUCACGGAGGCUGCACGUGGCGGCGCACGCGCAAAGCCACUUCUUCUUUGGCUCAAUGGAGGACCUGGAUGUUCAUCAGUAGCAUAUGGAGCAUCAGAAGAAAUAGGGCCAUUCAAAAUCAACAAAAAUGCUUCAUCUCUCUAUCUCAAUCAGUACUCAUGGAACAAAGUGGCAAACAUACUGUUUCUUGAGUCGCCUGCCGGAGUUGGUUUCUCCUACACGAACGCGUCGUCCAACCUCAACGACACUGGGGACGAGAGAACGGCUGAGGAUGCUCUGGUUUUCCUCAUAAGAUGGAUGGAUAGGUUUCCACACUACAAGUCCAGAGAGUUUUACAUCUCCGGAGAGAGCUACGCGGGCCAUUACGUCCCACAGCUCGCGAGCAAGAUAGUCGAUUACAACAACAAAUCUUCCCAUCCCUUCAUCAAUCUCAAAGGAUUCAUUGUGGGAAAUGCAGAUACGGACAGCCACUACGAUUACAUUGGAACCGUGAACUACUGGUGGAGCCACUCGUUGAUAUCGGAUCACACAUACGACUUGAUUUUGAAAUCGUGCAAUAACAGCUUCAAAGACACUUCUCAGAAGUGUCAGGAUGCUCUGAGACACUCGGAUCAAGAGAUUGGGAACAUAAAUCAGUACAAUAUUUACACAGAGACGUGUAACGGAUCACAAGGGGGAAGCAGGCAUUUUCUGAAGCGCAGGAGAGUUGCAGAGCUCUCUGGAUACGACCCGUGUACAGAGAGCUACGCUGAGAUAUACUAUAAUAGGCCGGAUGUGCAGAAGGCGCUGCACGCAAAUACUACCGGGAUUCCAUACAAGUGGACAGCGUGCAGCGAUCCACUUUUUCAAAACUGGAAGGACUCGCCCGCUUCAAUGCUGCCCGUCUACACAAAGCUGAUUGCUGCAGGACUUAGAAUAUGGGUAUUCAGUGGGGACACAGACGCAGUCGUUCCUGUGACAGCAACGAGGCUUUCUCUGAGCCAUCUCAAUCUCAAAAUCAAAACUCCAUGGUAUCCUUGGUAUGCUGGUGGCCAGGUGGGAGGAUGGACCGAGGUAUAUGAUGGGCUAACAUUUGCAACUGUUAGAGGAGCUGGGCAUGAGGUUCCUCUGUUUCAGCCUACGAGAGCUUUCAAACUUAUAGAGUCGUUCUUGUCUGGGAAAGACUUGCCAAAAUCGACAGUGUAGAGCAUUUCAAGAAACCAGGAGUUAAUUCCUCAAGGAAAAUACUUCUGCAAGUCUUAGAAUAGGAUCAAUUGUAUCUGAAAGUUACAUGCUAUAGGUUCUCAAUCAAGCUAAGUUAUGAUUCGUUUACAUC